CCAGGUCUGGCGGUAGCCGAGGGGCGGGGGCAGAGGGUAGUAAGUGGGCGGGGGCCGCGGCCGGGACGCCAGCGUCUAGGCGGCCUGUGGGUGCCGGUUAGGUGCGAUCCCGCGCGGGUCCGGGCGGGAUGAGCUAUGGCAUCUGUCAAGGUGGCCGUGAGAGUCCGGCCCAUGAACCGCAGGGAAAAGGACUUAGAGGCCAAGUUCAUUAUUCAGAUGGAGAAAAGCAAGACAACAAUCACAAACUUAAAGAUACCAGAAGGAGGGACUGGGGACUCAGGAAGAGAACGCACCAAGACCUUCACCUACGACUUUUCUUUUUAUUCUGCUGAUACAAAGAGUCCAGAUUAUAUUUCACAAGAAAUGGUUUUCAAAACCCUGGGCACAGAUGUUGUGAAAUCUGCAUUUGAAGGUUAUAAUGCUUGUGUCUUUGCAUAUGGGCAAACUGGAUCUGGAAAGUCAUACACUAUGAUGGGAGAUUCUGGUGAUUUGGGCUUAAUACCGCGGAUCUGUGAAGGGCUCUUCAGUCGGAUAAAUGAAACCACCCGAUGGGAUGCUGCAUCCUUUCGCACUGAAGUGAGCUAUUUAGAAAUUUACAAUGAACAUGUGAGAGACCUCCUUAGGCGAAAGUCAUCUAAAACCUUCAAUUUGAGAGUCCGAGAGCAUCCAAAGGAAGGACCUUACGUCGAGGAUUUAUCCAAACAUUUAGUACAGAAUUAUGGUGACGUGGAGGAACUGAUGGAUGCAGGAAAUAUCAACCGGACUACAGCAGCGACUGGAAUGAAUGACGUCAGUAGCAGGUCUCAUGCUAUCUUCACCAUCAAGUUCACUCAGGCGAAGUUUGAUUCUGAAAUGCCAUGUGAAACCGUGAGUAAGAUCCACUUAGUUGAUCUUGCUGGAAGUGAGCGUGCGGAUGCCACUGGUGCCACGGGGGUCCGGCUCAAGGAAGGAGGGAACAUUAACAAGUCCCUCGUGACUCUGGGAAAUGUCAUUUCUGCCUUAGCUGAUUUAUCUCAGGAUGCAACAAACCCUCUUGUAAAGAAGAAGCAAGUUUUUGUGCCUUACAGGGAUUCUGUUUUGACUUGGUUAUUGAAAGAUAGCCUUGGAGGAAACUCUAAAACUAUCAUGAUUGCCACCAUUUCACCUGCUGAUGUCAAUUAUGGAGAAACCCUAAGUACUCUUCGCUAUGCAAAUAGAGCCAAAAACAUCAUCAACAAGCCUACCAUUAACGAGGAUGCCAACGUCAAACUUAUCCGUGAGCUGCGAGCUGAAAUCGCCAGGCUGAAAACACUGCUUGCUCAAGGGAAUCAGAUUGCCCUCCUAGACUCCCCCACAGCUUUAAGUAUGGAGGAAAAACUUCAGCAGAAUGAAGCAAGAGUUCAAGAAUUGACUAAGGAAUGGACAAACAAGUGGAAUGAAACCCAAAAUAUCUUGAAAGAACAGACACUCGCCCUUAGGAAGGAAGGGAUUGGGGUCGUCUUGGAUUCUGAGCUGCCUCACCUAAUCGGCAUUGAUGAUGACCUCCUGAGCACUGGGAUCAUCUUGUAUCACUUGAAGGAAGGUCAGACCUAUGUUGGUAGAGAAGAUGCUUCAACGGAACAAGAUAUUGUUCUUCAUGGUCUUGACUUGGAGAGUGAGCACUGUGUCUUCGAAAAUGUUGGGGGGACAGUGACGCUGAUACCCCUGAGUGGGUCUCAGUGCUCCGUGAAUGGUGUCCAGAUCAUGGAGGCCACACAGCUAAAUCAAGGUGCUGUGAUUCUCUUGGGAAGAACCAAUAUGUUUCGUUUUAAUCACCCAAAGGAAGCUGCCAAGCUCAGGGAAAAGAGGAAGAGUGGCCUUCUGUCCUCCUUCAGCUUGUCCAUGACUGACCUCUCGAAGUCCUGUGAGAACCUGUCCGCGGUCAUGUUGUACAACCCUGGUCUUUUCCCUGUAAAAGGACCCAUCUGUCUAAGACUUGAAUUUGAACGACAACAACGUGAAGAACUUGAAAAAUUGGAGAGUAAGAGGAAGCUGAUAGAAGAGAUGGAGGAGAAGCAGAAGUCGGACAAAGCAGCACUGGAGCGCAUGCAGCAGGAGGUGGAGACGCAGCGCAAGGAGACUGAAAUUGUCAAGCGUGAGAUUCGCAAGCAGGAGGAGAGCCUCAAGCGCCGCAGCUUCCACAUUGAGAACAAGCUCAAGGACCUGCUUGCUGAGAAGGAAAAGUUUGAGGAGGAGAGGCUGCGUGAGCAGCAGGAGAUUGAGCUGCAAAAGAGGCGACAGGAGGAAGAGAGCUUUCUCCGUUGGCUCCAGGAACUCAGUAGCAGCGAGCAGGCCGAGAAGAUGGAGAUCUUCCAGGAGCUGGGCCGGCUGCAGCGGGAAAAAGAUGAGCAAUGCAACAAGCUGGCCCUGGAAAAGCAGAGGCUGGAGGAGCAGGAGCAGGAGCAGAGACUGCUGGUGGCACAGCUGCAGGAGCAGCUGCGGGAGAGCCGGGAGCGGACCCCGCUGCAGUGGGGCGAGGUCCUGCAGGCCCAGGAGGAGAAAAGGGAGCUGGAGAGCAUCCGGGAGGCCUUGCUGCACGCCAGGGAGGGCCCAGCCAAAGGGGACAAAGGCAGUCAGGGGCCAGAUGAGGGCCAGCUGCGCUUCUUAGAGUUCAAGAGAAAGCAGCUAGUCCAGCUGGCCACUGCGGAGCACGAGCUGGCCCAGCAGGAAGACCUCCUGAGUAAAGAAGUCCAGGAUGAGCAGGAAGCCCUGGAAUGCUUGCAGUGUGAAAAGGACACAGACUCCAGGUUGCCAGCAAACAAUGAUGGUAGUGGCCCAAGUAUUUCCUGGGUGGCUCGCGAUUUAGAGAAAAUGAAGGCAGCGGAAUACAGGCUGCGGUAUAAAGAACGGCAGCUACAGGACCUCCUGCAGAAUCACCGGCCAGCUCUGUUGGAAGAGAAGCGGAGAGCAGUGGAAGUCCUUGACCAGGGCCUGCUCAGCUUGGACAACACUCUGUAUGAGGUGGAAAAAGAAAUGGAAGCGAAAGAAGAGCAGCUUGCCCAGCACCUGGCCAGUGCCCGUCAGCUGCAGCAGCUCCAGGCCACCUUCGAAUUCACCACCAACAUUGCGAGACAAGAGGAGAAAGUGAGGAAAAAGGAGAAGGAGAUUCUGGAGUCCCAGGAGAAGCAGCAGAAGGAGGCCCUGGAGCAGGCGGUGGCCAAGCUGUGGCGCAGGCACUCGGCCUUGCAGCAGCACGGCACCCUGGGCCCACAGGGUGAGGAGCAGAGGCAGAAGCAGGCCGUGCAGAGCAGCAGCAGCAGCAAGCAGUCAGACCUCCUGGCUGGCCUGGAAACUGAAGUGGAGGCCCUAGAGAAGGACCGGGACAGAAUCAAUGCUUACAUUGAAGAGGAAGUCCAAAGACGGCUUCAGGAUUUGUAUCAUUCAGUUGGUGAUGCUAGACAUGCUUCUACAGAUCUGAUGAAGGAUAAUGAGAAACUUCACAAUGGCACCAUUCAACGUAAGCUAAAAUAUGAGCGGAUGGUUUCUCGCUCUUUGGGAGCAAAUCCGGAUGACCUGAAGGACCCAAUUAAGAUUAGUAUUCCACGCUAUGUGCUCUGCGGGCAAGGCAAGGAUGCGCACUUCGAGUUCGAGGUCAAGAUUACUGUCCUAGAUGAGACGUGGACUGUAUUCAGGCGUUACAGUCGUUUUCGAGAAAUGCAUAAAACACUGAAGUUAAAGUAUGCAGAGCUUGCCGCCCUUGAAUUCCCUCCAAAGAAAUUAUUUGGAAACAAAGAUGAACGUGUGAUUGCUGAGAGGCGAAGUCACUUAGAGAAAUACCUCAGGGACUUUUUCAGUGUGAUGCUGCAGUCGGCGACAUCUCCCCUGCACAUCAGCAAAGUGGGGGUGACCCUCUCGAAACACACCAUCUGUGAAUUUUCACCCUUCUUCAAGAAAGGAGUUUUUGACUACAGCAGCUAUGGGACGGGAUAGAGCUGAAGCCAUCGACGCGUGCCUUCACUUGGAAGCAGGUCCGAGGCAGGAGUGGCCAGCCAGGACACCUCGCAUCGUUCUUCCCAGUGCCUGAGUCUGGUGGUGCCUGAUGGCGGGCUGCUCCCCACUGUGGAUGUGCAGGGCCCUCCUGUGUGCUUCCUCCUGUCAUGCAGUGAGUCCCUCCUGCCGGCCUCCAGCCCCAUCCCAAGCCAACCGGACCCACAGAGCAGGGGGCCCCCCAGACCACCCCUAAGUGACUUUCAUUUGGUUUCCUCCUUCACCAAAAUAGACUUUUCUUUUUUAUAUCUCUUCCAUAUGGCUGGUUAUAUUCCCAAGAAAAGCAUUUUAAAUUAUUUCAUUAUGGUUUCUCUUUUUUUCUUCUCAUUUAGAUCAUAACUUCUGUAUAAUACUGAAACACUGAUGUUUACACAGAAUUUCAUAUUCUGCAAAGGAGAUUGUUGGUCCAAUCAUGACUAGAGUCUUCCAUGCCUGACAAACUGGAUAUAGGUGACAUUGCUGCACAUAGGACAUCGUAUAGCCUUGAGUGUGGGAGGACGUGUUCCCAGACCUCAGUGGCCGCUGUGCGACCUUGAGCUUCUUCUGCUAUGCACAAAACAAGUGCAAAGCUGGAUGCAUAUUUUUAAACAUUAUUUUGUUCACAUUUUUAUUACAGAAUCUAUUACAUCUUCAGCUAAAAAAGUAGAAUUUGCAGUUGAUUAUUGAUAAUCCCUUAAAUUACUCAGGACUUAAUGUACUGUCACACAUCUAUGUACAGUCAAGCUGCUUUGUUUUACUAAAGAGAAAAAUGUAAAAAAGACAUGGUAUAUAUUGAAAUGUAUAUGAUUCUAUAUACAUCAUACAGAUUUAUUCUAUAUAGAUUUAUAUAUGUACACACAUAUGGCGGUUGUAUGUAACUAAUCAUUCACACUAAAUUUAUUAAACGUAUUUGCUUUUUUGAAAUUUAAAUUGAGCUGCUAUCAAUAUUAAAUGAAGUGAUGGAAUCUACCCUGUAGCUCAUUUUAAGUUUGUAACCUGAUCCGCUCCUACUGUUCUGUUUAAAAAUUGAUCUUCCGUGCUUGGAAAGAUGCAUCAUGUAUAAUUUAGCAUUUGUGUCGUAGAAGAUGCAGUUACAAUAAUGAGUGAAGUCACAAAUGAGUGGUUAACAGUCUUGGCUCAGUCUUUCAAAACAUACCUGUGCAACAGAGCCGGCCCACCUCGGAAAUACGUUUAAAAAUAUAAUUAUCCCCAUAAGGAGGAAAUUAUUACUGCACUAAUUAAAUAUUAUAGUUUAGUAUGAAAAAAAUAAGGACUUAUUUUCAUUGCUGCAAAAGGACUUGCUUCUGUCUGCCGUCAUGGUUACAGACCAAGGGGUGGAGGAAUAAUUGCUAGCAAGAAUGUAAAACUACAGAUUGGGGGACAGAAACCAGGAGAAUAGUUGUUAAUUAUAAAUUACUUAUUUAAAAGGAGUCCAAGCUCUAAAGACUGUCCCUUACUUACGGAGUAAAUGGUUUUUUUUCCUGGCCCAAUAAUCUGUCCCUGCCCCUUGGGAUAUGUGCUAGAGAGGACUCACGACAAGCAUUCUCCAAAAUACUGGACAAGAACAAUUGGACAUGUGCCUAUAAGAAGUGUUGUCAUCUAAAGAUCCUUGUAUUCCAAUCCUCGUCUCAAGUGAUUACAGUUAAGUUUGAAGCUCAAGGACUAGCUGGCUCUGGUUAUAGCAGACUGUGACAUAAAUGAGUUAUUUUGCCUCCAUAGAUAUCAGUCUCCCCACCCAAAAUGAAGCCAUGGUGCUGGUUGAUCCCUAGGUCUACGCUGGCCCAAGUGACAGAAGGAAUGAACUCUGCAGUAGGACUGCGAUGCUCCUCUUAUGCACCUAUGAAGCGAUACUUCUGGUCCAGCUUUACAGGUAGCUGAGGCUAAUCACGUGUCAAGGAAAGCUGAAAAGCAGAUGGUAAAUCAUGAAGAGCAAAUAGUGAAAUUCCUUUUUGGAAUAAGAUAGGUGGCUGAGUAAGGAUGACAACACUAAAAUUUCUGUGCUUUGGAAUAACUUAAAAGAGUAAAACAAGUUGGUGACUAUGUUAUUACUCAGAUACCAAAGUAGGAGCAAGCUGAGUACCUCAGGCAAUUCACAUUGGCAAACUCUGAUGCUUACCCUUGAUUGUCAACUUGGUUGGCUUGAAAGACACCUUGGAGAGGAAAGCACACUUCUGAGAAUCGCUGGGUGGCCCAUAGGUGCUUGACUGGCUGCCCCAUCUGACCCAACCCCUUCCUCCCUGGCUGUCUCCCCUGUGCCCUGCUUCCCAGCCACUGUGGAGUGAGGGCUGUGCCACAGCAUGCACUUCCACCAUGGUGCUCCUCCCUGGAAGCUGGCCCUGGACUGAAUUCCAUGAAACCACAAGACAAAUUAAACCUCUGCUCUCGG